CUCCGCCCCGCCCCGUCCCCACCCGGAGCGGGAGGAGGGUUCUGAGGAGGAGGAGCCGAGGCGGGCUGGGGCCAGGGCAGGGUGAAGCACGUCUCUGGUGCAGAAGAGACGGAUUUCUGAUGACUCCACAGUUCCAGGGUUGAGCAGGAGUUUCCAAGAAGUGCCAGCAUCAUUUAUUUCUUCAAUGAAUUUGAAGAAUGCUUUCAGUGGCGCUUCUCAGCAGCUCUGCAGCCUGUGGAGAGUGUGGGUAGUCUGUAUUCAGCGUCCCGGAAAUUGUGUGUCCCCUUGAAGAAGUGAUCUGCUGAAAAUAAAUACUUACAAAGCAGACUGGAACAGUCCUUCUGCAGUGCUCUCAAACUCUGAAAUGCCUGGUCUCUAACACUCCCUGGAAUUUGCAUUUCUUUUGCUAAAGAAACACUACCUGCUGCAGUUAUCCAGGGAUUCUCAAGGAGCAAGGGAACUGAAGAUGGCUCAGCUUGAUUUUUAUUCAGUUUGGGCUGUUUUGCUGGAAUUGGCAGUGGCAUUUGGUCCAGUACCAAGAAUCAUUUGGGAGCACAGAGAGGUACAACUAAUACAUUUUCAUGAAACUGGAGUGUCAAACUACUCAACCUUGCUGUUAAGAGAGGACAGAGAUGUUUUAUAUGUGGGAGCCAGAGAAGUUAUCUUUGCAUUAAAUGCAGUGAAUAUUGCUGAAAAACAGCAUGAGUUGCACUGGAAGGUGACUGAAGAUAAAAGGACUAAAUGUGCAGUCAAGGGCAAAUCAGAACAGACUGAGUGCCGUAACUAUGUGCGUGUCCUACAGCAGCUAAACGACACUUUUCUUUAUGUGUGUGGUACUAAUGCAUUUCAACCAACUUGUGAUUACCUGAAUUUAAUUAUGUUCGAGCUCGAAGGUAAGAAUGAAGAUGGUAAAGGUAGAUGCCCAUUUGAUCCUGCUCAAAGCUACACGUCUGUUAUGGUUGAUGAAGAGCUUUAUUCUGGGACUUCUUACAAUUUCUUGGGAAGUGAACCUAUUAUUUCACGGAACUCUCAGCAGAGUCCUCUGAGAACAGAGUAUGCAAUACCGUGGCUUAAUGAGCCAAAUUUUGUUUUUGCUGAUGUGGUAAGAGCAGAUCAAAACAGCACAGAUGGAGAAGAUGACAAGAUAUACUUCUUUUUCACCGAGGUGUCUGUGGAAUAUGAAUUUGUUGGAAAACUUAUGAUUCCAAGAAUAGCUAGAGUGUGCAAGAGGGACCAAGGAGGACUGAGGACUUUGCAAAAAAAAUGGACUUCUUUUCUCAAGGCCAGAUUGAUAUGCACCAUUCCAGACAGGAAUUUAAUUUUCAAUAUUAUCAAUGAUGUUUUUAUUCUGAAGUCUCCAACCCUGAAGGAACCAGUGAUAUAUGGAGUCUUUACCCCACAGCUGAAUAAUGUGGGACUGUCAGCCGUUUGUGCCUACAAUUUGUCUGCUGUAGAAGAAGUUUUCUCAAAAGGGAAGUAUAUGCAGAGUGCUACAGUAGAACAGUCCCAUACUAAGUGGGUACGGUACAAUGGGGAGAUUCCUAACCCUCGACCUGGUGCAUGUAUAAACAGUGAAGCCAGAGCCUUGAACUACAUGACUUCUCUGAACUUACCAGACAAAACAUUGCAGUUUGUUAAAGACCAUCCACUAAUGGAUGAUUCAGUAACUCCAGUGGGAGACAGACCCCGCCUUGUAAAACGAGAUGUGAAAUAUACCCAGAUUGUAGUAGACAGAGUCAGAGCACUCAAUGGUACAAUAUAUGAUGUUAUGUUCAUCAGUACAGAUCAAGGGGCCCUGCACAAAGCUAUCAGCUAUGAAAAUGGAAUGCAUAUUAUUGAAGAAACACAGCUUUUCCCAAACUUUGAGCCAGUCCAAACACUCUUACUUUCAUCCAAAAAAAGCAGAAGAUACCUCUAUGCUGGUUCAAAUUCUGGUGUGGUUCAAUCUCCUGUGGCAUUUUGUGACAUGUACACUACUUGUUUCGACUGUGUUUUAGCAAGGGAUCCUUACUGUGCUUGGAAACCUCUUGAGGGUUCUUGUGUUAAUAUUUUUCAAGAAAGUGAAACUGAAAGGAAUUGGAUUCAGAACAUAGGUGGAGAUGCAUCUUCUUGUUCUGAUAAAGUAAAAGAGAAUUCACUACAGCAUACGUUCAAGCACGGGAGCACAGCAGAGCUCAAGUGUUCUCAAAAGUCCAACCUGGCACAGGUAGUUUGGAAGUUCAGAGAUGACAUACUGAGAGUGGAGAGUCCCAAAUACCGUCUACUGGAAAAGGCGCUACUCAUCUUUAAUUUAUCAGAGGGAGACAGUGGGGUUUACCAGUGUCUGUCAGAAGAAAAAGUGAAGAAUAAGAAAUUCUCUCAGGUGCUGGCUAAGCAUGUUUUGGAACUGAAGAAAGUCCAGCAUACUACAGCAAGCCCAGUGGUGGCAGCUGCACCAAUAGAAGCCUCAUCUCCUAUACCCUUCCCUCCUACUGGUAGUUCCUUUUUGUCUUGUGUGGGAUGUGGUCCACCUCCUUCACCCACCAGUAUCAAGCCUGAUGUUUGGUCUAGCACAGACUCUCUAAAGGUCAUGUUGUUGCAACCUUUCCUAAAUGACCAGGCACAGCAUGUUAGUGCUCGGGGACCCUUCCACCUCUUCUGCCUAGCCACAGGUGCAGCUGUUCCCCUUGCCCUGUCACUGUACACUUUGGCAGUCUCUCCCACCCUUCCUACAGGCUCUAUAAGGCCAUGCUCCCCUUGCUGGCUCUUGGCAGUUCUGGUUCCAGACAUGAAGCAUUUCAGCCCUCCAGUGGCUCCUCCUCAGUGACAUCUGCAAGCCAAUGGAAAUUAGUGACAGUAGGUUUCAUGAUGUGAAUGCAGCAUUUUUAAAUUCUGGCAUCAACAGCAGAUUUUACAUUGCAUAGAAAUUUUUGUUUCCAUUCAUAUCUGAAACCCCUGGCUGAAUUAAGAAACACAGUGAGCAACAAGGUGCAGCUGGAGACCCUCUUUUUAUUUGACUUUUGGCAAUGUUAUCAAUGCUUAAAGUGUAAGAGAAAUUGAAAUAUUUUUCCCCAUGAGGGAGUCAUUCUAGUUAGAAUGGAUAAUUGUGUUCUGCCAGUAAUUUUUGCUGUUGUGAUGAGCUUAAAGAUUAAAACAUCUUGAAGCACAUUCACAUUGUAGCCUGUCAUGCAUUGUGAAACACCUGUGUGUGCCCUACUGAAACAGUUUGGUGCGUGCCCUGGUGCAUUCAUUUCCAGGUUAUACCAACUGCACCACAUGUCAGUGAAGCACUGAGAAAAUAAAGCAGGUUGAUACUCCUCAAGCACCUGAAAUUGCACUGUUGGAAGCUUCCAGUUAAAAUCUGUACUGUCUGAAUGAACUGUUCUCUGCCAUAAAAUCUCCUGAGGCCAAGGACAGCAGCUGCCCCUGCUGGCGUGGGUGAGAGCCCAGCACAGGAGAACUUGUGGGAGAUGGCACUGGUGCAGGCCUUUGUGUUCAACUCCCUCCUGCAUGUAAUGUGUGUGACUGCUGGGAGGCUUCAGCAACACAGAUAAAUGUGUACUGCAGAGUCUGUGACUGCUUCUGCGGUAUGUCUAUUGCUGUAUGUAGCAGAAAGUGUGAUGGCUGAUGUGAUGGGAGCUGAUUUGCAGCUGUUGUUUUGUUUUAACCCUUGGCAGCAAGGCUGCCCAUCUCCUUAUCUGCCACAACUGGGUCUGUCCACUGUAUGCUCUGGAGAGGUGACUGAAAAGGCAUUCUACUGCCAGAGGUAUUUCUGUUCUCUAAAUUUUUCCUCUGUGUUUUACAAGAUAAUGUCAUAACUUUAAGACGUGGGGCAGUGUGCAUGGCAGGGAAAACAAGCACGCUCAGGCUGAAGGUGCAACAAAAGAAUUGCCAGACCCCAGAUUACUUUUUGCAUUUCACUUUAAUUACUCCCAGGAGGCAGUUACCUGGGUUCCAAACACACAGCUGUGUUCUGGCUCCACUCAAAGCACAGCUGAAAGUGCUAGGGAGCGGGGACAGCUGUACUGCAGCCAUGUUGCAGCUGAGUAGUGCAGCUGUGCCUGUGCUGUGCGCACGCUGGUGUGGCCUCAAGUCCAGCCGUGUCAGCCAGCAGCACUGUUACACCAGUGCCAGCUGACAAACCACACAAGCUGUUUCAUAAUUUCUAAUAUUCUAACCCAGCUAACUGAACAAAACUACAAACUGGUUUCAGAGUGCUACAGAGAUCCCUGUCACAGUUCAGUGACCCUCCCACUGCAGCUCCACCGCUAACCCUGCUGGGUGCUGCACUGCUCUCAGCACCAACUGACAAUGCCACCUGACCCUGCUCAUGCCUCGUGGGAUUGCAACUGUUCGGUGCUUCAGGACACAACUACCUUUCCUGUGCUUUCAUCUCUGAAAGUAAUGUUUUUGUGUCCACAUUACAGAGUCUUUCAAACUUAAUCCCUGAUCCGAAUAUGAGCUUCCUGUGGUAUGCUGAAAAUCCAGGUGAUUGGUUCAUAGCAUUCAAAACAAACCCAAGCUGCAGGCUAGUUACUGAGUGCUACAUCCAGGUUCUAUUGUUUUGGUUUUUUGUUUGUUUGUUUGCUUGUUUAAUAUUAAGUGAUAUUUGGAAAAGUUCUGGGGAGCCAACAUGCUAGCAGUUGGAGGAAGACACCCCAUGUCUGUAGAUGGACACUGUAGUGAUGCUAUGCUUCUAUCACAGCUGUGUAUGACAAGCUCCUACUGCCCUGCCAAGCAGUCCCUGCAGGCACGUGCCAGCCACACAUAUUACCACCAGCUGCUGAAGCCCGGCCCAUGCUGACAGGACCUGCUCUGCUGCACAAGGCUAAGAUCUCCCUAUCUGGAAAGGUUUCUCUAUCUGUUAGGGAGGUGUGGUUCUACUGUUACCCCUUGCUGGCAGCAGCUCAGCUGUUAGGCCAGCUGCUCUGAGUAGCCCUUCUGUGUCCCAGACCCACGGGGCAGCUCUGUGAGGCUCAGCAUUGCCAGUAGGACCUGACCUGGCCCCAGCUCCCUCCCACUCCUCAGUUUAUGCGAUCAGCUCCAUAUAAUCCCUAAUCACCAACACUUAUACUGGUAUCUCCAGGAUAAAAGAAAAGCUGUACGCCUGUUAGGAUUUUAUGCAGAUACAGCAGAUGUGAUACUGGGGACAACACAGUGGGAUCCCCAGCGUGCUGCUCUGCAUCUACAGCUGUACUCCAUUCCUCACAUCCCAAUUUACUGCUUAAUUAUAAGCUGAAAUGGAACAUAAACCCACACUUCAGUGAAUAAAGUUGGAGGGUUGGUACACAGUUUUAACACUGCAGGCAGCUGAAGCAGGUUAAGUUUUAGCUUUCUGUAUGGCUGAUAGGAUACACAGCAAAUCUCAAGGGGCAAAGACACUGCACUGACAGAAUGACACCCACCUGGGAAAUGAGCAAUCACACCACCACUGGGCAUUAUGGAGGGCCUGGACAGAGAAAGGGCAUAUUUGUUUUGCCGCACUGUGUUAGGCAUCUCCCAUCUAAAACAGUUCAGACUGUGGAGUAAUGAAUGAAUUUAUUGUGAUGAAGCAAUUUUCUCAAAAUUAACUAUGUGAAGAAUCAUUCAUUGUUGCCUAAGUGUACCUGUCUACAUAUCCAAACUGGUUUGCUGUUUAACACUCUGCUUGUAUGUUAUAUUUUAACAUGGGUAUUUUCUUAAAU